CGCGACAUUAAAGCAUUCCCAAAACACCGAGUUCCCGCGCGCAAUCUCGAUGACACUGGCCAGCAUUCAACCAGAAGAGCAAGUAAAUUGUGAUGGAUACAGUGAACUCGACUGCCCUCGCGGCGGCGACGGCUGUGGCGGGAACCGUCGACCGUCAUCCCAACCCGCUGUCGUCGGCCGUUGCUGCAGCUAGCGAUGUCGCCAACGCCCAUGGCUCGUCUUCGUGGCUCGGCCUCUUCGCGAGGCUAGUUCUCUGGAUUCUGCAGUUUGUCUCGAUGGUGCUUUACUAUGCAAUCAAGCUGGCCACCAUCUCGGUCCCUACACUGCUGUACACCCUCUUCUCGACGAGCUUGACGGUCACCAUGAAUGCGACAACUCUGAUGCUCAUCAUUGCGGCCAUGAUAGCCGCCAUCAGCUGGGUUGUCCGUUACCGCUACCUCAACAUGUACUCGCGGCUGCCCCCCGAACCCCAGCGCAAGGAGCCGGACGUCGACCUCUUCCCCGACAGCCACGAAGAGGGCAUCAAGCCCGGCCUGUCCAACUACUUUGACGAAUUUCUCAGCGCCAUCAAGAUCUUCGGCUAUCUCGAGCGGCCUGUAUUUCAUGAGCUGACCCGCAGUAUGCAGACCCGGAAGCUUAUCGCCGGCGAGACAUUCAACCUAGAGGAGGAGAAAGGCUUCUGCCUCGUCGUCGACGGCCUGGUGGAGAUUUUUGUCAAGUCAUCAAAUUACAGCCGCCGCUACGCUCACAGUCCUUACGCCGCGAGCGAGGCGCCUUCUAGCGACGACGAACACCCUGCCCCUGGACAGCAACGAUACCAGUUGCUGACCGAGGUCCGAAAUGGCGCUCCCAUGUCGUCGUUAUUCUCGAUCAUGUCUCUCUUUACCGAAGACGUCCCGCUGCGGCAAACAGAUGAAGACGGGUCGGAGCCCGGCACCGCUCAGCAUAGUGCCCUCUUUUCAAACUACCCUCAGAGUGCAGAUUUUCGAAGACCUCCGGUCAGAUCGGACUCGCUCCCGCCCACUCCUCAUCCGGAGGAGUCUGCAUCGAACUCGGUAGAGAACCUGCCUGAGCACCUCGACCCUAGCCUCCCCCGUGUUCCCCCCAUCUCCCUUGACGGCAAUGGCUUCCCCAAAUCUCAGAGACCGGUUCCCAAGAGGAUUAGCACUACUUCGGCUCAUCCCGACAUUAUCGCGAGGGCGACGGUAGACACGACUGUUGCGAUCAUCCCUGCUAGCGCCUUUCGACGAUUGAUCAAGAUCUAUCCCAAGGCCACAGCACAUAUCGUUCACGUCAUUUUGUCACGCUUUCAGAGGGUUACUCUUGCAACCGCAUACAACUAUCUCGGCUUGUCCACCGAGGUCCUGCAAAUAGAGCGCCAGAUGCUCAAGUACACGACCCACCAACUCCCCAACCAUCUCCGUGGGGAUGCUCUCGACAGACUCAAGGAAAAGUUCAGGCGAGAGAGGGAGCGGAUCGGCGAGGUGGAUGUCAGCAAGGGAAUAGCUCUGCACAAUCCUCGCGCCGGCCGCCGGCGCCGUUCGACAGCCGGUCUUCGGAAGGAGGCAGCGUUGCAGGCUUUCUCCAAGCAGCGUACUCUCUCCAUGGCUGGCUCGUCGUCUCUGGUGGUCCCUAGUGCGGGAGAUCUUGCAACGCACCUGCAGCAGUCGAGAGGAGGCGCCAGCAGAUCGCAGAGCGUUGCUUUUACCGAUGGAUCGGCUUCUCAGUUCGAGCUGCGGAGAGAAGCCACGUCUCCUCUGGCUCAGCGGUCCUUCGACCCGUUUGCGACUCAGCGAAAUGUCCAUAUUCCGCUCGACAAGAGAGACACGAUGGACGAGGACAACUUAUUCCGCGAGUCGAUCCUCGAGUGUAUGUUCAGGGCCAUCGGCCUGACCGGAAACAGCGGUCUGAAUAAGGACACGGAUUCGAACCAGGCCUCGCCACGGCUCAUAUCGCUUGAACAGCGACGCCAGAAAACGCACUUUACCAACCACGCCUUUGGCUUCAUGGAUGGGCUUGAUGGAUCGUUCGACGGCGAGACCGAGUCAAUGACGUCCGCAUCCAUGCCUUCUUCGCCAAACCCACAGAUUCUGGCGCAAGACAUGCAGGACGAGAUGGAGAUCGUCUUCUUCCCCAAGGGGUCGGUGUUGGUGGAACAAGGAGAGAGGAACCCCGGUCUAUACUAUGUCGUGGACGGCUUCCUGGACAUCUGCACCCGAGAGAUUGCUUCAUCCUCCGACGCCGCCCAUGCUCAUGGCAGGUCAUCGAUCUAUGCUAUGGACAACGCCCAGCCACGCUAUCCCUCACACCGGUUUGCGGACCCUAUGCGCAGUGGCGAUAAUGUAGACGGCGCCGAAGCUAGACCCAAGACGAGUCGCCGAAGUGUUGGCUUGAUCAAGCCCGGUGGCCUCGCCGGUUACGUCGGUACCAUCUCGUCGUACAGGUCCUUCAUCGAGGUCGUGGCGAAGACGGACGUCUAUGUCGGCUUCCUCCCGCUCGCAUCCAUUGAGAGGAUUGUCGACAAAUAUCCCAUUGUCCUCCUCGCCAUGGCGAAGAGGCUGACCAAUCUGCUUCCCCGGCUGAUUCUGCACAUCGACUUCGCCCUGGAGUGGCUGCAGGUCAACGCCGGCCAGGUCAUCUACCACGAGCGAGACGAGAGCGAGGCCAUCUACAUUGUGUUGAACGGGCGCCUGAGAUUGGUCGAAGAUCGGAAGGGCGGCGGUAUGAAUGUCAAGGCCGAAUUCGGCCAGGGCGAGAGUGUUGGCGAGCUCGAGGUGCUCACCGAGUCCUCCCGCUCCGGCACCCUGCACGCCAUACGGGAUACGGAGCUCGUCAAGUUCCCCCGCACGCUGUUCAAGAGCCUGGCUCAAGAGCACCCGAAUAUUACCAUCAAGAUCUCAAGGAUCAUCGCGUCCCGUAUGAGGGCGCUGAUCGACGAUCCGUCGACGAUGCUGGGCUUCAAGGAUCCUUCCGGCAGGAGCUCGGUAAACAAGAGCUCGACCACGCUCAAUCUGAGGACUGUUGCCAUCUUGCCCGUCUCUGCUGGCGUGCCCGUAGCGGAGUUUGGCAAUAGGCUGCUCAAUGCUUUGACCGAGGUCGGAACUCCAAACGGCGCCACGUCGUUGAACAGCGCGGCCGUCCUGAACCAUCUCGGGAAGCACGCAUUCAACAGAAUGGGCAAGCUCAAGCUAUCGCAGUAUCUGGCGGACCUGGAGGAGAAGUACGGACUCGUGAUCUACGUGGCCGACACGAAUGUCAACGCUCCUUGGACACAAACCUGCAUCGCACAAGCCGACUGCGUCCUCCUAGUCGGCCUGGCCGAUGGCUCCCCCGAAAUCGGAGAGUACGAGCGCUUCAUGCUCGGCAUGAAGUCCACUGCGAGGAAGAUUCUCGUACUCAUUCAUCAGGAACGCGACUCCACCCCGGGUCUCACGAGGAAGUGGCUCAAAAACCGGGUUUGGAUCAACGGAGGCCAUUUCCACGUGCAGAUGACCUACAGUCCCAACGCGGUGCCGAUCCACCCGCCAGCCAAGCCGGGGGGCCCGAGUCUCCGGGAACGAGUUCAGGUUCUGCAAGCCGAGAUCCAAAAGUACACGUCCAGGAAAUUGCGGCACAGCCCCUUCUACUCUCCCGACGCGCCGUUCAAGGGCGAUUUCCACCGGCUGGCCCGGCGUCUGUGCGGCAAAUCCGUAGGCUUAGUCCUCGGCGGGGGCGGCGCGAGGGGCCUCGCGCACAUUGGCAUCAUCCGGGCGAUGCAGGAGGCCGGCAUCCCCAUCGACAUUGUGGGUGGCACCUCGAUUGGCGCCUUCAUCGGCGCCCUGUACGCGCGGCACGCCGACUUUGUGCCGAUCGUGAACGCGGCCAAGAAGUUCUCGGGCCGCAUGGCCAGCGUGUGGCGGUUCGCGCUCGACCUGACGUACCCGUCGGCGUCGUACACGACGGGCCACGAGUUCAACCGGGGCAUCUUCAAGGCGUUUGGCAACACGCAGAUCGAGGACUUCUGGCUCGACUACUACUGCAACACGACCAACAUCUCCAAGUCGCGGGCCGAGUUCCACACGAGCGGGUACGCGUGGCGGUACGUGAGGGCGUCCAUGUCGCUGGCCGGGCUGCUGCCGCCGCUGUGCGACGAGGGCAGCAUGCUGCUCGACGGCGGCUACGUCGACAACCUGACCGUGUCGCACAUGAAGUCGCUCGGGGCCGACGUCAUCUUCGCCGUCGACGUCGGCGCCCUCGACGACGACACCCCGCAGGCCUUUGGCGACUCGCUCUCGGGCCUGUGGGCCUUCUUCAACCGGUGGAACCCCUUCUCGUCGGUGCCGAACCCGCCCACGCUGGCCGAGAUCCAGGCGCGCCUGGCCUACGUCAGCAGCGUGGACGCGCUCGAGCGGGCCAAGACGCUGCCGGGCUGCAUCUACAUGCGGCCGCCGGUGGAGGAGUACGGGACGCUCGAGUUUGGCAAGUUCAACGAGAUCUACGCCGUCGGCUACGAGUACGGGCAGGAGUUUCUGGCGAAGCUGCGGGAGCGCGGGGUGCUGCCUCUCGGGGAGGAGAUGGGCGGCAAGAAGGCGCUCAGGAGGACGAUGGCGCCGAGGAGGGCAAGCAUAUAGUUGGAAUUAUUGGGUGUUGAUUGCUUUUUUUACUUGUUUUGUCUUUGUUCCUUUCCCCUUCCUUUUCUUACUACAUUUCUUUCUUCUCUCUCAACAAUUUUUCUUGUUCAGCAGGCGAGGUGUUGGAUCUAGCAUUGCUCGGUGUUCUCUG